GCUGCCACAUCCAAGCGGCGCCUCCUCAAUGCAGUCUCAGUGAGCUUCAUCUGUGAGCGGUGCCCGCGGGUUCUGAUGUCUCCAGCGGGAUCAGAGAUAUCUGUGAGCGGACACGGGGCCAGCUUCAACCGGAGAUCAGCUCCCAGCCUCAACACCCCAAAGUCCCGAGGCGGCGGCGGCACCAAGGUGCAAGGAUCUGGGAAUGGGACCUUCACUAUUCUAAAGUUUGACUCCAUCUGUCUUGGACAAUGAAAAAUAAUGAUUAGAAGAGCAAGCUAUCGAGCAAUUUUGAUUGAACUCCAAGAAUACCAAGCCUCGAGACUGCAGCAGGGUUCUGGAACAAGUGAAGUUGUUUCUGCAUACCUGCUGACAGAAGAUGGAAGAAGCAAGAAAGGCAAAGUGUUGGAGUCAGAAGGUGAAAACAUACGUGGACCCACCUGAUGGAGGCUGGGGCUGGAUGAUCGUUCUCCAUUUCUUCCUGGUGAACGUUUUGGUUAUGGGAACACUGAAGACUUUUGGACUUUUCUUUGUGGCUUUCCAGGACGUGUUUGGGGGUUCCUCCGAGCAGAUCAGCUGGAUUGGGUCCAUCAUGUCUAGUCUGCGCCUUUCUGCAGGUCCGAUUGCUUCAAUCGCCUGUGGCAAGCUGGGGGAUCGAUGGACUUCAAUUCUCGGAGCUGUCCUCGUGAGCGGUGGAUUUCUUAUCAGCAUUCUGGCCACCAGUGUCCUCUUCCUUUAUGUAUCCCUCGGUGCCGUUGUUGGAAUCGGCUUUGCCUUUCUUUAUCAAGCAGCAACUGUGAUGCAUGCAAAGUACUUCAAAAAACGACUAGCAACUGCCUACGCGAUUGCACGAUCAGGAAUGGGCCUGACCUUUGCUCUUGCCCCUUUCACACAGUUACUGUUAAUAGAAUAUGACUGGCAAGGUGCUUUGCUUAUUUUGGGAGGUAUAAUGUUGAACCUCAUUGCUACCAGCAUGCUGCUGAGACCCAUCGCUCUCUAUGAGCACCAAGUCACUUCCUCACAAUCAUCAUGUGACAGGACCAUACUCAAAUCUCCACACAGCAGUGUCUUUCAGAAUGGAACAAUGAAGCAUUCAGAAAGCUGCCUAAUCAUGAGCAAUUCCAGUGUGUCCCACUCAGCAAUUGGUCACCUUGACAAUUCCAAGAAUCAUGACAGCUGUAUCCUGAGGGAUGAGAACCUGAACAUUAACCAUUCCCGAGUGGAGACAGAAUCCAGUAUCUCUCAUGAGAGCAAAGCCUUUCUGGACAAAGUAACUUUCGGAAUGGCUCAUACUGGGGCUGUUGGCCUUUCAAGCAAGGGCAAGGGAAUACAAAGCCUUCCUCCCAAAGAGAAGCUUCUCGAUUUCUCAUUGUUACGGGAUCCUUUCUUUAGUAUUUAUACAUUCUCUGUGGUGUUCAGUCAGUUAGCGUACUUUAUUCCCUACUUUCAUCUCUCAGCCAGGGCCAAGACAUUGGAUAUUGAUGCCAUGGAUGCAUCCUUCAUCAUUUCUGUUGCAGGUAUAACAGAGACUUUGGCCCAACUUGCUUCAGGCUGGAUAGCUGACCAGAACUACGCCAGCAAGUACCACUACCACAAAGCCUACCUUCUCUUGUGUGGUCUCUCCAACCUCUUGGCUCCAAUGGCAACCACCUAUGCUCAGCUAAUGACAUAUGCCAUAUUCUUUGCUGUGUUCUGUGGUGGAUAUAUGGCCCUGCUACUUCCUGUUUUGGUUGACCUUGUGGGUGUGACAAAAGUGCGAAGUUCAAUGGGUUUCUCAAUGUUUUUUGCUGGAAUUGGCUGCUUGACAGGACCUCCAGCAGCAGGUUGGCUGUAUGACUACACACAGACCUACGAUUGCUCUUUCUACCUGGCUGGUGUGUGCUACUUGCUGUCUUCUGUUUCUCUGUUUCUGGAACCCACAGCACGUCGAUACAAGGCAAAAAAGCAAGCAGAGACUCUUACAGUGAAGAUGGAGACAGUAAAAACUGUCACUUGUGGAGCUGAAUGUCAUAAUGGGCAAAUUAUCACCCCAUCUGAUAUAAGGACUGAGAAGCUCGAACAAAUUAGCUCCGUGUAAAGAAGAUUGCUUUACUGAACAAGGAUUUGUAAUCUCUACGAUGCUGGGAAAGAGUCACUUUUUUUUAUAGAUAUUCAAGAGUCAGGAUUUAAAGACAAGUUUUUUUAUUUCAAUGCAAUUCACAUAAAAUUAUAUUUGUGAAUAUUAAAGGCAGAGGAGCAAGAUCAAUUUUUAAUAUUUUGCAUUCAUGUUGUUAUGAAAUUUAGGUACUGCCAGGGAAUCUCCCAACAAACUCUCACUGCAUGCUGAUGGACAAAGUAGUGCCUGAGGACAACAAAUGUACCUCCUUCCCCCGCCUAUGCUUUUAGGGAGACAAGCACUCAUACUGGUCACAAGUGUAAAUAUUUUUAUAGCUGCACCCAUUAACAUGAAUCUUUAAAAUGAAUGAGGAAGUACUGUUUUCCAUGGUUAUUGUUCCAGUACUUCAAAUGUU